UGUCACGGAUCACAAGGAACUGAGCAGCCUCUUCAGCCUGCGCCAGGAGAGCUCUCGGAGGGCUAUGGAUCGCAAAGUGGCCCUCGCCAUGGCCAACCUGGACAUUCCUCCAAAUUGGAAUGUACUGGGCAGCCACCAUGGAGAUGAAUGCAUUCCCAGAGAGUGUCCCCUCCACCUGGCUGUACGGUGGGGAUUUUAUCGGCUUGCAGAGCUGCUGCUUUGCCAGCCGGGGGGUUUGAUGGCUGUCAGUCUCCCUAACGAAGAGGGAGUCACACCGUUGCAGCUGGCACAGACCACAGGCAACACAGAGCUCCUGGAGCUGCUCACAAACCCACCCAACCCCCUCGCCACUCCUCCAGCAGGUCUGACGCAAGUGUGGGCAGAUCGGUCCCGCUUGCUGCGGUUUUGCCACGACACUGGGAACCUGACUCUGUCCGUUCGACAAAACCUGAGAUGGAGUUCAGUGGAGAGUCGGUCCGCUGACAUCCUCCUGCUCAGAAACAGGCUCAGAGAUGAGAACUUCCUCAGGGAGAUCAAAGCGCUCAGAAGGGAGCGGGUGGAAACCAUAACAGAGAAGGAAGAACUUGUGGAUGAUCCUGCAGACACCGCUCUGUAUGCUGACAUGAACGAAGAAAAUUCUGCUGAUGUAAAUGUUCUCAACUUCUUUGCUGAGGACUGCGAGGAGCCGUUGAUUUUUGCCCUGAACGAGGAGGACGAAGACGACGAUCCUUCACACUUUGACUCUGAGAAAAGCCAGUCUAUAAGGGAGAGCCAGGCCUCGUCCCCGACUCGGGCAGCAGCUGCCAGACUUUCAGCAAUGAUACACGGCAAAGACCAAGUGUACGCCAACGCCAUGCUGGUGGACCAGGUGGAUGGAGCUGACAUUAAGUUUCGGUCUCCAGGGGAUGAGGAGGAGGUCAGCCCUUCAUCCUGCUGGGAUUCCUUCUCUCCCACUCUCGUUGAAUCGGGGAAUUGCUCCCAGAAUCGUUCCCAAUCCUCACCCCAUCACAGGCCAAGGGGAAGUCAGGGCCCAGGCUGGGACAAUGGCAGGGAGGCAUACUCUUGUGUUUCUCCCCCUUAUCCCUUUGCCUCCUCCCCAUCUUUUCCUUCCUCUCCCUUGGCUUCCGCAAUUCGUUUGUUCGAGGGAGGGCAGAGGCGACAGACGCUGACUGGUCCUUCGGACUCUCCAGCUUUGAAGCACAAAGAGUGCAGCUUGACAGAUGCGUGCCGGGGCCUGAGCCCCAGUCUAGAGUGUGACAGUGAAGAAGAGGAUGUAUUGGGCCAAUCCUACCCUUGCUCAUCUUCGAAACAGAGGUCCGUCCUGCAGUCCAGCUCUGGAGAAGAAAGGGACUCUUUUGACACUUCACCCGAUUUUAAUCGCUCACACUCUGAAACUGCAAAGACGUCCAACAAGAAUUCAGAAGAUGCUGAGGUUCGUAUGCGCUCCUACUCCUACUCCUCCCCUAAGGCGAGGCCAUCGCGGCCUCUGUUGAACCGGGACUCAGCUGUCAAUGAUCUGGAAGAAGAUGGCACAUUGAGCAGCGGCGGUCGUUCGCUACUUCAGGCUUUAUCUCUCUCUAAAUCAUUAUCACGUCUCACCCAAGUUAAACAGAGAGCCUUCAACCUGACUGAAACGACGAGAGAAAAGAGGAUUCUGGGUUUCCGUAAGCGGGCCCAGUCAGCAGAGGAGGAGAGCACGACAUCAGUCCAACAUCUCACGCUUACAGAGUUCCUCAAAGAGAUUGAGGAUGAAGAGUGGGAUAAAUACAUAAUCCCAUCUAAGGUUGAGUCGGAGAAGUACAAAGUGAGCCGGACCUUCAGCUUCCUAAAGAGCAGGAUGUCCAGUACCCGAAGCAAAACCAAGGUAAAAGGGAAAGAGACAAAGGAGGGAAAAGAGAAGCUGGGAGCGUCUAAUGGGCACCAGUUCGCUCCCAUGUCUCCGUCUGCUCUUUCUCUCUGUGUGGCCUGUGAUAAGCCUGUUUCUGGGAAAGAGUCGUUGCAGUGCGCCAACUGCUCUCUGAAUGUCCAUAAAACCUGUCGGGAAUCUGUUGCAGCCUGUGGAAAGAAACUGCAGGAGAGGAAUCUAGUGCUAAUGAAAAGCAAGACUAUGUCUCUCCCACAGAGUUUUGCCAAGGAAAGUUCUCCAGCUUCUCUUUUCUCUUCCUCCGCCUGCUCGUCCCCAUCAUCUUCAGCUCCAACAAUGACCAAAGAGAAAAGGGAAACAGUCGCUUCUUUCUCCAAAAGCCAAUCAAUCUCUAUAGACAGCAGAGGCUGGAGUGAAACAGCAGGGGUGGACAGUGAAUGCAACAUGGCAGCUUACACUAACAGCUCUCCUCCUGAAGAAGGAAUACCUGUCAUAACAACUCCCCAUUUCACCGACCUACCUAUCAGCACAAAGGUGACUCUUUGUCUUAAUGCUGUAUAUACAGAUACUGUUGAUGCUCCUCUGCUGAGUGACCUGUCAGCUGACUUGCUGGGGCUCGAGGCAGAGUCGUGGAGUAUUGCUGUGUCUCCAGACUUUUGUAGACAACAUGACAGACGCACAAUCAAACGACAAGAUGUUAUUUAUGAGCUGAUGCAGACGGAGCUUCACCAUAUUCAAACUCUGACAGUCAUGUCGGAGGUGUUCAGGAGAGGUAUGCUGGAAGAGCUGCAGCUCGACUCGGAUUGUGUGGCCCGGAUCUUCCCCUGCUUGGAUCCUCUCCUGCUUUUCCACAGAAACCUCUUCAGAGCGCUGCAGGAAUGCCGCCAGGCUGCAACACAAACGGACAACUCCCGAAAUUACCUCAUCCAUCGAAUUGGAGACGUACUGCUUCAGCAGUUCUCUGAUGAAAAUGCUGAGAUGAUGAAGCAGGUGUACGGAGAGUUUUGCAGUCACCACAUGGAGGCUGUCAAUGUCUUCAAAGAGCUCCAGCAGCAGAACAAAAAGUUUCAAAACUUUGUCAGACAACAGAGUAAUAACUCUCUGGUCAGACGAAGAGAAGUGCCAGAAUUCAUUCUGCUGGUCACGCAGCGCAUCACAAAGUAUCCAGUUCUGCUAGAGAAGAUACUGCAGUACACUCAAGACGGAAGCCAGGAAUACUCCAACUUGUCAGAUGCCCUGGCUCAGAUCCGUGACAUCAUCACAGCCGUGGAUGUGAUGGUCGGUAAGUAUGAGCGAUCUCAAGAGCUGCAGGAAGUCCUCGCCAGGCUGGAAACCAAGAGCUUCGCCAAGCUCAAGAACAGCAAGGUGUUUCGCAAACAGGACCUGCACAGCAAGCACAGAGCUCUGCAGCACAAAGGACUGCUCUACUGGAAGACUGCCACAGGGCGUCUGAAAGACACGUUAGCUCUUUUGCUCACGGAUGUCUUGGUUUUUCUGCAAGAGAAAGACCAGCGCUUCAUAUUUGCAUCUGUGGACCAGAAGCCUCCAGUUAUUCCUCUGCAGAAGCUCAUUGUUAGAGAGGUAGCUAAUGAGGAGCGAGGAAUGUUCCUUAUCUCUGCAUCCUCUGUGGGGCCAGAGAUGUAUGAAGUUCACACCACCACAAAAGAGGAGAGGAAUGCCUGGAUGAGACACAUCCGACAGGCUGUAGAGAGUUGUCCAGAGGAAGAAGAGGAGGAGGAGCGAACUGCAGAGACAGAGGAAGCCAGACAAGCUGCAGAAGUCAGAGUUCAAAAGAUUAGCAAGUUCCAGGAAACGUUGCUUGGUCAGGACCAGCAGAUCUGCCACAGUUUGGAGGAAAAGUUGCAGCUGUACGCUGAGCUCACGGACUUAACUCUCCGGUCACCAGAAUCUGUCCCACAUCGCCAUCUGCUGGUGGGACCUGCACAGUACCUCGACAUUGAGGCGCCGCGUCAAGCAUCAUCGCUGCUCACAGCUGCACUGAGAGAAGCUGAGAACCUGAUCAACAUUCUCCAGACCCGUGAUGGCGUCCCGAGUCAGAACUCUCCUCUCCAGGCCCCAGAGUGCUGCAGCUACAACAGCCACGGCAGCAGCAUUCAGGAGUCUCCCUCUGAACCGGAUUAUCUGAGCACGCUCAGUAUCAGCUCCAACUCUCUGGGGUCUGACAGCGAGUUAGCGGGCAUGGAGAGCGCAUCGUGGAGCUCAGCUGUUGAGCUAAGGAAAGGAGACGCAAAAGGAACACUUUUAAAGGUGGCAGAGAGUGUCCAGAGCCUGACUCAGCUUCUCUACAGUCUGCAGGCAGCUGUGACCCUCCAGGACAGCUUCUAUGAAGUCCAGAAACUUCUUCUUCACGAGGGAGAAAGACCUCAGCUUCGCAGCAUCACCUCCCUCCAGACCAACUUGGAACAGGAGAAGCAGAGGAGCUCUGACAAGAUGAAAGAGGAGAAGAAGAGUUUGGAGAGGAAGAAAGAAGAUGUGGACGAGGUGCAGAAGCUCCAAGCUAAACUGAAACAAGAGCAGCAGCGCUGGGAAAAAGAGUGUGUGGCCAGAGAGAAACAACAGACUGAGCAGGAGAACGUGUUGGAGCAGCGAGAGCAGCAGUGUCUGUCUGAGUCCGAGCGGCUCCGCUGCGAGCGAGAGGAGCUCGACGCUCAGCUGCAGGAGUAUCAGCAAAACCUGGACAGGCUGAGGGAGGGCCAGAGGAGUGUGGAGAGGGAGAAGGAGAGGAUCGAAGCCCAGCAGAGGCUGCUGCAGAGCUGGAGACAUAGCCGCCAGAGCAGCCUGCCCGUCACAAUACCACUAGAUGGAUACAAGGUUGCCACACACAGCCGCACAGGCAGCUUUGACGGAAACUACUCACUGUUCAAGAACGAGUCGAGUUUGUUCAGCUCCCUGCGACAGAACCACCUCCACCAGCCCCCCGUCCACAACCACCAGCAGACCCUCUCCACGCAGAAGAAGAAUAAUCCGGAUGGGCCGCCGCUCAGCUCAGCUGACUGCAGCGUUAGCGCCAGCCUCUACAACAGCCUCAACACGCUGCUGAGCCAAACGCACGGCAAGCAGCCUCUGUACAGCAACAACCACAGCUGCUCCCGACCGUCCGCUGAUUGCCUCCACUCCCUCAGCAGCCGAGUGCCUUCACAGCAGCAGAGAUGCAGCGACAAUUUCACCCAGCUGGAGGAAACACAAACUUCAGGUUCCUGGAGGCCAGGGGUCACAGGUCACGGACCCAUUAAGGAGCACAACUCCUCCUCUCCCUCUCUUACCCCGCUGCUCCCUCCCCAAGCUUAUCUCUCCCUUGAAGGACAGAACGGAGAGGAGGGAGUCGAGGAAAACAUCGUUUACCUCUGAGAAUCCCGGAAGCAGCAAAGCAAGCUGCCAGAUCAGCAACUGAACGAAAAGGAUAAUCUAUCUGUGUCUUCAUUGUAAAAUAUCUAUUUAAAAUGGACUCAAGUCCAUUUAAAAAUCUGAAUAUUUACGCAUUCUGACUAUGUGCCUUUAUGUAAUUCGGUGUGCCUCAUUGGUGAUCAAACAAUUGUGCCUUUUUAAUUUUGAAAAAAAAAGAGAAAAUUCUGUUUAUUUUUUUUCUUACAUUCUAGUUUAUUAUUUGUUGCACUAAUUUGAAGAUAGAGGUACAUUCAACUCGAACAGUUUAAUCAGAAGAAUUGGUGCAUUUCUCCAAAAGCGCUUAAAGUAAACUAUUGUGGUAAACUCAAUGAAGCUCUUCCCCAGACUAUGUAAUAUUCUGUUUGGCAGUUCUGCUGUGCUGUUUUUGUUUAAGUUGUACAUUUAAAACAUAAGUUGUCGUAAGCAUCUGCAAAGGAUACAAAUAUGCUGACAUUUUUUAAUGUACAUAUAUACAUAUAUAUUUAAUGUUUAUUCUUAUGAAUAGGCUACCUAUGCACAUUGUGUUGAAAAAUGAUCAUAUAUUCCUAAUUUUUUAAUCUCUCUGAAGUGCCAAAAACAUUGCUGAUGCUGUAAUUGAUGUAAAGAUAAUUGUUUUCUUUUAAUUUAUUUGACAUAGAUCGCUUCACACACUCCCAACAUUAAUAAUGUUUUGUUUUUAAAUGUCUCACUGUGUAUUCUGUGGGGUUAGAAGUUUACACACCCUCAUCUGCGGCAUGAAUGCCACUUUAAUAUUAACUGCUAAUUUUGCAAUGUGGAACUGUUGUACAUAACAAUAUUUUUUUACAAAACUAUUACAAUUGAACAAUUUAGAGUUUUUACACAAAAGGGGUCAAAUAUGUUCUUAUUAUCAAUUUGAUUUGCAAAUGACAUUUCACCUCACUGUGGCACUUAACGUCAAGCACACACACCUACUAUGUGGGAAUGUGCAUGUGUGUGUGUGUGGGUGUGUGUGUGAGUGAGAUUGGGUUAAUGAGGCCUUAGUGUAAAGUAAUAGUCGGUAUGAGCAGAAAAGUGCUGUACAAAUUCAGUUCAAUUUGAUCAAGUUCUAGUUGUAAAUGGAAAAUCCAUAGAGAUUUGUCACUACUUUGACAAAUGCAAGUUCAUGUGUUUCUCUCAGAUUGUCUCAAAGGGAAAUGUUUACACGUAGACAUUAUCAGAACUAUGUUUGUGGCUGGUUUACUGAGAUACUCAACUUUCUUUUUUGCACAACUUUAACUGCAUCUUAUGUGCAUAAGAAAUCCUCAGAAAUUGGAAAAAAAAUAAAACCCACAACAUCCAGGUACAAACAAAAAACACCAAGAGAACCUGAAAAUAAUUCUUUCUGGCUGGAUAUGUAAUCACACCUCUAUAGUGAAAUUAGUUCAGGUUAACUGGUGAACACUUUAGUAUGGUCUAUUAGUUGGGAAGCUUAGUUAAUAUGCUCUAUUCCUAAACUAAUUAUUAUACAUAUAAACAGAAUAACUGUUCUGCUGUGUUCAGAUUGAUUCACAUUGAUGAAUUGAGGUGAAGUUGAAUUAUGUACAGGUAAUAACUAGCACAAUUAGCAGCGAAGCUAUCACCACCAUGCCCAUUAGUUGUCACAAUGUUUACUUGUUCACAAACCUCACCUUCACUCAUACAAAGAAAGUUCCUGUCAUUGUGUAAAACUAGCGUAGUUUUUGUUUGCUCUGGUCAUAGAAAUGGUUUUGGUUUGUCCAUGUGGGCAACAGUAUUUUUCUAUAACAGGAAGCUUCUUUUUCUGUUCAUAUUUAUGUUAAGACUUUCUUCACUGUUGACAGUGGUACAAUUUUCUGUAUUUUCCAGUUCAUAAAUACCUUCAUAAAUAUGAUGAUUUUGAUGUUCCUGCUAUUUUUUUCUUUUAGUUGUGACUUUUUGGGUCACAUAUUUCAUUCUUGGACAUGGGUGAGUAUUCCGAUUAAUCAGUUACUCAAAACAUAUGAAGACAGGUGUAGAAGCUUAUAGCAGGAUAAAACAAAGCUAUUGGCGUGGCCCAGCCAAAGUCAUGACCUUAAUCCUGUUAAAAAUGUUUGGCAUAUUUUAAAAGGCCAGGUCUGUGCAAGAAACCAAUCAUUUAACCAGUUCUAUCAAGAAAACUGUUCAAACUAAGAUCUUUCCACCAGGUUACUGUUUUUAAAGUCAAUUAAGUGUAUUCUUAUACAGUCAUGUCAUAUUUAAAAAAAAAACAUGUUCAAAUUAAUUAGUAUGUCAAUAAGAUUAAUAUGACAUUCAUGCCAAGGUUGUCUGUAUGAAAGCUUCUGACCAGAGCUGUAUGUAACGUAACACUGUGUAUAUAAAACUAUCUUGGUAAACAUCUA